UAAGGUGAUGAAAGCGGACAUGCGGAAUGGGGGCGGGGCCUAAACCCGGCGCUAAACCUGCUAGCCAUGCGGCUGCUAGCUUCUGUGGUGUCUUUCUGGGAGCUAGCCUGCCGUUAGCUUCUUCAAAUUGUCUUUGUUUUCGGCUUUUUUGGACAAAAUGUCUUCGAGAAACUCGGACAAUAGCGACAACGUGAGCGAAUAUUCAGCGUUGAAGGAGGAGCUUAGCAGAAAGAAAGUUUACGUCCAGCAGAGGAACAGCAACAUCUUCUUCCUGGCGGACAGAAACCAGACCCUGAGCUCCUGUAAAAAGGACCUGGACUACAUGAAGAAGGAGCUGCAGGACCUGUGACAUCUCCACCGCCAUGUGUGGCAUCUUCUGUCUGCUGAGUCGGUCUGCGGCUCCGUCCGAGCGGGACGAGCAGAUCCAGGAACAUCUGCGGAGGAGAGGACCCGACUCCAACCGGGUCGUCACGGCUACAGGGACGGACCCCGGGUACCGGUGCGUGUUCUCCGCCCACGUUCUCCACAUGAGGGGCCUCCUCACCCCUCAGCCGCUGCAGGACGGCGCCGGGAACGUGUUGAUGUGGAACGGCGAGGUCUUCGGGGGCGUGGCGGUGGACCCGGAGGAGAACGACGCGGCCGUGCUCUCCCAGAACCUGGAGUCCUGCAGGAGCGCUGCGGAGGUUCUGGCGGUUCUGGCGGCGGUCCGCGGGCCCUGGGCGCUGGUCUACCACCAGAGGGCCGAGGACCUCCUCUGGUUCGGCAGAGACUUCUUCGGCCGGCGCAGCUUGCUGUGGAGGUCUGCGGCGGGAACGCUGACUCUGACCUCGGUGGCGGCUCAGGCGUCCGGGUCCGACGGGUCCGACGGGUCCGACGGUACCUGGGAGGAGGUUCCGGCAGCCGGCGUGUUCAGGGUGGACCUGAAGGAGUUUGGACGGACCGGUUCCGUCUCCCUGGAGCUGUUCCCCUGGGAUGGCGCCGACAGUCCCACCGCCGCUCUGGAGUCUCUCCCCAGCGCCUGCAGCGUAAUCAGGAACCCCGCCGGCCCGGUUCUGCCCGGCCCGGUUUGUCCUCUGAACGUCUCCCUUCCCGCUCCGUCAGGCGGGGCGGCACCAGAACCAGAACCCCGUUCAUCCGCCCCGGACCUGGAGGAGCUGCUGGCAGGAAAGCGGCGGCCGGAAGAGGAGGAGCUUCUACUGAGCGUGCUCAGUGAGGCGGUGAGGAGGCGGGUCCAGCCUCGGCCCGUCAGAACCCAGCCAGUCUGUGACGGUUCUGCCAGCGUGGCUCUGCUUUUCUCAGGAGGGAUCGACUCCAUGGUCCUGGCCGUCUUGGCGGACCGCCACGUUCCCCCCCAGCAGCCCAUAGACCUGCUGAACGUGGCCUUCAGGCUGCAGGAGAACCGCAGCACAUCUGGAAAGAAGCAGAAGGAGAACCGCAGCACAUCUGGAAAGAAGCAGAAGGAGAACCGCAGCACAUCUGGAAAGAAGCAGAAGGAGACGGCGGACUGCGGCGCCGACCCGGCCGCGGUCCAAACCUUCGACGCCUUCGGCGUUCCGGACCGACUGACGGGGCGAGCCGGCCUGGAGGAGCUGCGGCGCCUGAGUCCCGACAGGCGCUGGAACUUUGUGGAGAUCAACGUGUCGCAGGAGGAGCUGCAGACGAUGCGGCGGGAGCGCAUCCGUCACCUGGUGCAUCCUCUGGAGACGGUGCUGGACGACAGCAUCGGCUGCGCCGUGUGGUUCGCCGCCAGAGGAGCGGGCGCCGUCAUGGAGGACGGCGGCGCCAGAGCCUUCACCUCCUCCGCCAGGGUGGUUCUGACGGGGAUCGGAGCGGACGAGCAGCUGGCCGGUUACUCCCGCCACAGAGUCCGAUUCAAGGCGUCCGGCCCUGAAGGCCUCCUCCAGGAGCUGCGCAUGGAGCUGGGCAGGAUCUCCUCCAGGAACCUGGGCCGGGACGACCGAGUGAUCGGAGACCACGGGAAGGAAGCCAGGUUCCCCUACCUGGACGAGGACGUGGUGAGCUACCUGAACUCGCUGCCCGUCUGGGUCAAAGCGGACCUGGUUCUGCCCCGCGGCGCCGGCGACAAGCUGCUGCUGAGGUCGGCGGCGCGGCGGCUGGGCCUCGGCCAAUCGGCGGCGCUGCCCAAGCGGGCCAUGCAGUUCGGCUCGCGCGUCGCCAAGAUGGAGGACAGGCGUGAGAAGGCCUCUGAUCGGUGCGGGCGGCUCCUCACAGCGUGAAGCGUUCUGGAUCCGAUGGAACGUUCCGGGUCAGGCUGGUUCUGGUUCUUCUACACCAUGUAAGCCGUCUCCUCCUGAAGGUUCUCCCUGAAGUAGCGCUCACACUCCAGGUACGCCGGCAGGUUCCCCACGUCGAAGCGGCCGGAGACCUCGUGGACGUAGACGGGUUUCCUGACGGAGACAGAACGGUCAGAACCGACCCAGAUGCUCAGGAACCGCUCCACUAGAACCUCGCUCUGCGUUACCUCUGAAUGAGCCAGGACAGGAAGUUCCCCGGAGCGUCCUUCUCUUCAAGCGGAGCGUCCUGAUGAGGGAAAGACGUUCAGAACCAGAAUCUGUGCAGGAACCCAGAAGUGUGAAAUGUUGGGGUUCUACCUUCUUCUCCUGCAGGAAGGAGUCCAGCAGAGGAAGGGUUCCCCUGGAGAACACGUAGAAACACGGACACUGAAAGGAGAACGCAGUCAGCCGCUGGGUUAAAACAACGUUCUCCCACCGAGAACAUUUAGUUCCAUUAAGGUUUAAAACUCUGACAAGGUUCUCAAUAAAAAAUAGGUUUGAGAGCAA